AAGAAAAUAUCGGAGAAGAAGACGAGCUCCUUGCAAACUACUUUUCAGAAGAAGACCAUCGUGACCAUCAACAAGACGAGCGCCAAACAGGGUGAAAGCAAGCCAUCCGGGCAAUCAUCAGCAACUCAGACCACUGGGAAGCCUGAUGAUGUCAACUUGGAUGACAAAACCACUGUGGCACGCUUCUAUGUGGACCCUAUGGCAAAGCCGCCGGCAAAACCACGGCGUUGGGAUGGAUUUUGCAUCUUCUCAGAUGGGUUGGUGGAUAUGAACUCAUCUCCUCCUAGGAGGGGUUCAGCCG